AUGGGCUCCACCAUCCGCAGUACAUCUACCACAUCUGUCAUGGCGGAGUCGUCGGAAAAGCACCUGCAGCAAGAAACUAUGGCUGAGGAUUCUAAUUCAGUUAACAUCUCAUCAAACUUACACCAAAUGGAGGACGACAAGCAGCAGCAGCAGCCGGAAUUUGUCAAGUUGUCAGCCAGUGGAACGACCGAGGAUCCCAUGUUGGGGUUCCUUACCCUCUUGGCUAAGGUAGAGCGACCUUCUUGUGCCAAUUGUGAAUCCAAGGAUUUGUCACCCAUGUUCUUCUGCAACACCUGCAGCCAGGCCAUUUGUGCCGUGUGUAAACAAAACACGCAUAGCGCCAAAAUGUUUUCACGACACGACGUCACCAGCGUUUCACCAUAUACCAAGGAACCACAGCGCAAAUGUCCAGUUCAUUUCGAGAUGUGCAUCAUGUUUUCUCCCGCCAACGAGUCGUUGCUAUGCAUCAACUGCUUUCGUGAUUUACCUCCCGACAUUCGAGCCCAGUGUCUCGAUUUAGACACGGCCUAUCAACAGAAAUGCGAUCGACUUCAGCGUGGACUCAAAGCAGUGGGCGAACUUGAAGUCAUCAUCAAAGACGAGGUGUCGGCGUAUCGUGCACUUUUAAAAGAAUUGCACAUCAAUGCAAUGAGGGAGGAGAGCACCAUCCACGUCUUCAGCAAGAUCCUGCAGGGGGUUGUCACACAAACCGAGGAGAAAUUAAUAGAAGCAGUCAAAAGUGAAUUGCAAACUAAGGAAAUGGUUUUUGAAGAGAAGCUAAAAACACUAGAAUCGCUUCAAAGUAACGUUCAAGCGUACUUGACUUUGAGCACAGCAUUUAUCAGUUCUGCGUCCAAAUUCGAGCUACUGAAACUUGCCAACGGAUUGGUGGAGCGCCUUUCCGACAUUGGGAACGUUGUUCAACCAGCCAAAAUAUCUCCAGAGAAUAGUCUAAUUUCAUCAAACUUUAAGGCUGAAUUCAGCCAGAGCCUUAAAGAGUUACUACACCAAGAACUUUGGAUGCACAAUCAUUUGAUCAGUCUUAAUGAUCAUCCAUCUGUGCCUAAAAACACUGGGGAAGAUUUGAGCAAACCUCAACAGAGUUGCUGCACCACCAACUCCAAUCUUGUGAUGCAGGAAUCUGAAAUCAAAGUUCCUCUGCCAUUUCUAGGACGCAGCCAGUCACUGCUGAAUAUUCCACUAGAUCUCAACAAACAAUUAAUAACGACCGUAGAGCCAAAAGUAGCGGCAGUAGUCCAGCAGCAACAAGCAGCAGCAGUUCCGUCCAUUCAACCGCCCAUGUUGACAGCUCCACAGCCGGCCCGGAGGGCGGCAGCUACUAAGCGAAGUGUCAACAAAACCGAUGCAAAGUAUCAAUCAUUGCCACACAGCGUGAAAGAAGGGCAACACAAAGCCCAGCACCGACGAGAGGGGUCUUCUACCAUGCCACAUCCUGUGAGAUCGAAGAGUGUCGAAGCCAAAUCGGCCCAACAUCAACAACAGCAGCAGCAAUACGAUAUUAGUCAGUUGGAAUUGUUCGCCGCCAUCCAUCAAUCACGUCAAGCUGUCAGCAGCCGGAGCAAUAGCAAAAAUCUGACGGUAACUUCAGCACUUGUUGGAGUACGGCAGUCGGAUAGGAAUGGCACGUCUCGGGGGUCGUCGUCGGAACAGAAAAAUGGAAAAAUGUCUGGGGUUGCCGCUGAUCCUGUAGAGAAAAGCGUUUCAUCAACUGCCAAAAAUCCCUCCGGCCAUGUAUGCGUGGUCCAGGCUUUAGUUCAUCAAGACGGUGACGUCGUUAGGAAUUCGGCUGCUGCCACUCAUGCGGAAGCUAGCGCAAGAAUACAGCGGAGUCAAAGGACAUGGGAGCCUGUGUACGAGCCCCUAGCAGGCCCCCAUGUAGGGCGACCGACAAAAACUGAGGCGGAAACAUCUGAAGCCAGCAUAGAAUUGACAGCGGAUCAAGUGCGGCAGCUAAUCCGGGCUAUUUCGGCAGCCCAGUCGAAUUCAGCCGGAUCGAUUGGUGGCUGUUGGUCAAGUGAAAUGAACCGGCCACCAGUCAGCAGUAGUCAAAUUCCUGAAAGAGAUGUUGCGGUGACCAGUAAGCAACCUCUUGCGCAUCGUAACAUCCACCGUAACGACAGCUUUGAAGGUCACGAAGAAGCUGUUCGAAUGCUUGUUGGAGCCAUACAAGAAAUACAGCAGCUAUGUACUGACAAAAAACAUGAUUCCAAUUAGUUUAUCGCGUUACAGAAAAUUAUAUAUCAAAUGUUGAAUUGUUUUCAUUUUCAUUCCCGCAAUUAAAUUUGCAAGUCUGCCAGUUCAAGUUUAUUAUGUUAUAUUACUUGGUUUGUGAUAAAUGUCUGAAGUUGUUUUCCACAUCCAUAGUUUGGAGGUUGUCUGAAAUUUUUAAAACAGAAUAAAAUACUGUAAUAUGUAAUAUGUCAGUUUUACCUAGGUAUAACCUGAUUUCUACUUUUGAACUCGUAUUUUCCAAAUUUCCCGGUUCGACGCCACCUGUUGCUAGAUUUUAGAACGAUGCUAAUCAGGUAAUUUCAAAAAUUUGAAUGGUAUGCCGUGUAAAA